AAAUAGGCAUGCAUGCAAGUGUGCAGCCGCGUGCUCGUGGUACCUGUGUCGUUUACGGAAAACGCAGCAUCUCGAAAUGCGUUCUCCGCGUUAGCGCCUAUCGCGUCGCGAACAUACUCCCCUAUAACAUCAUAUCCGUCGCGCUGCUCGGGGAGGGAGAAAGGGUACUGCUUGUGCUGACCGAAGAAGUGCAUGAAUGCGCGAGAGAAAUUGUGCUCGGCGACAGAUUUCAUAUGUUCGAUAUAUACUUGGCAGCCCUCGUCGUUGUGUGGUGCAUUACUUCCUAAACGAUCUUGGUUGAGGUCGACUAGACGGUCGUAGAAAUCGCUGAGUGAUCCGUCGGUCGAGUUAGAGAUAUAGAUGAAGUGAGGGACAUGGGCCCAUUUCUCAGAAAGAACACUCUCCAGCGGCACAUGCUGGAUGGAGAACCAGUCCGACUCUCC